GAAUCAAGACGAAUUAUUGACAUAUAUAAAUGACGCUUCAUAAUGAGAAUUUGAUAAAUACAGACGAUCUGUUUAUACCAGGUUUGGUUCAACAGGUUUUUAAUAAAUACAAACGUAUUAAUGGUAUAACUUUAACCCCAGCGGAACGUUUGCAGUUAUUUACCGAUUUGAACGCCUUGUUGGGCGAGGUUCUUCUGAAGCGCGCUCUAUAUCUGCUUGAUCAGUGGAAUUUUAUUACAUACUACACAGCAGAUCGCUUUCGUAGUAUAGUUGAAUUGAGUAGCAACCGAAACUCUGCGCACGUUGUGCGUGUUGUACCUGGCGUGAAUUAUUGCAAGUGCCGUUAUUUUCAGCGUUUUGUGCUACAAUUGAAAGAUACAGGAGAGAAGGACGAAGAUGAGCACGAACUAGACGGUGGCAGUAAUCAAGUUUCCUUCACGUGUGAACACGUGUUAGCACAGUGUUUGAAUCAGCUACUAAGUCCAGAGCCACGGACACAGAUCUUGACGCUUGAUCAGUUUAGAUAUCUUCAUAACGAUAUCUAUGAGGAUUGAUGCAGCAUUCGAAAG